AUGGAGACCGCAUCCAAACCUCCACGUCGACGUCGACAUGCUGCCAUGAGAGACGAGCGAGAACUUAAUGACCAAGGAGAAGGGGCUCGACAUGAGCGAGGAAUGAAACCCUCACAGAGAUCAAGGUCUCCCCGUCAAAUUCGCGAUUCUGGCCACGAUUCCGACGCACGCCGCAACCGCCCACUCACAAGACCAGAACCUCAUUCAUCUCGCCGUCGUCGCCAUUCACACGAUCGUAGUCGUGAUCGCGCCUCUCGUCUAACGCCCGAAGCAUCACGUCGAGUACCAGAAGUUGAAGAUCUUAUUCCGCGUUAUCGAGAACGCCGUCGCGAAAUCGAGGAGAAGCCUCCACGGCGAAGCCAGAGCCGAAGCCCAGGCCACGACUAUAUCAGCAGGGCAUCGCCCUCGGCAGCCAAACGACAUCGAAGCCAAGGACAAGGGACAUCAGCCUGGAGUCUCCAUCUAGGAAGCACGCCAGACACUCCUCACGCGACCGACGGAAACCAUCGCCUCGCCAACAAGCACGAUCUCCUAAAUCCCCCACACGUUCACGGCCUAGAUCUCCAGCAAAGUCGGACUCGGGUUCGCGACGUGCAGACCGAGAGACUCAGUCCCAAUUGGACCGACCUCUGCCACGGUCACGAAGCCGAUCGCUUACCUCAGAGCACCACUUGGCUUCAUCCCGACGAGCUCGUGCAUCAUCUCGCGAGGAUCAACGGGCGUCGGGUCUUGGGCGGACUUCCUCAAGGCGACAGCUUCCACCGCGAUCACCUCAAGCAAGUAGGGGACGGAGAUCUCGAGAAGGGUCGCCCGGCUGGCGUCACUCUUCGAGGUCCGAUAUUGACGAAGAUAUGGCCUCCAGAAACAAUCUUCGUGGAGGCUAUAACCCGAAGUAUCACCAAAAAUCACAUAUCAGUAAUGAUCCGUAUUCCCCAUCACCCCAACACGUUUCGUACCAUAACUCGCCUUCUCGAUCACCCUACGCAUCAUCGCGUGGUGGAUGGAAUGGUCACCAGUAAGCCCUACCCACCUCAGCAUCCUCAGGGGAGUAGUUACGGUCCCCCAAGUGGCCCUUCUAGCCAUUAUCAUUCCAAUACUACACGGUCACCGCCAUACGCCGCUCCGACAGGCCCGAUGCAGCAGUACCCUCAGGGGGGGAGCUACCGCGGUGGCUACAGAGGUGGCGGUUUUCGAGGUCGUGGGAGAGGUGGCUUCAAGAAUUCUCAUUGGAACUCAGGCCUUCCUUCAAGAGGACACCACGACGAUUUGGGCAAUGAACGCUUCAGCAAUGUGGACGACCACGGAAAUACAGGCCCUGAGCCUAUGGAUGUUCAGGAAGAAGUAUUCCAGUCUCACGAUGAAUUGGGCGAAGACACCAGCCAGAGUGUUCAAGACAGAGCAAACUCAUUGACUACCCCCAACAGACCACCCCCAUCUGGUCCAGGAGGGUCAUCUGGUAGCAAGUUCAGUUUUGCCUUUAAACCUUCAUCAAAGCCAGUGGUCACUGCCCCGAAGCCUGAGAUAUCACAAAAGUUGAAUGCUGCUCCUCGGCGAGAACCUCAGCCUGAGAAUCGAGAGAGAGAUCGAGCCCGAGAUCAAGAGCGCGAACCUCCCCGGAGUGCACCGACAGAGCCAGCUUCCUCUCGGCCACGCCAUGAGCGUCGCCAUCCUCCCGAAGGCCCUAGAGUUGCGCCCCGUAUGCGUAAGGUGAUGAAGGUCAUGAAGCGACCGAAGCCAAGACCGACUCUACCAGCUGAUCUGGUGGACUCGGAAUCUGUCUUCUUCAGAAAACCCGGAAACGAAUCAGUCGUUGGCUCUGGUACCUAUGGCAAAGUUUUCAAGGGCCUGAAUGUUUACACAAAGGGGAUGGUCGCCCUCAAACGAAUUCGAAUGGAAGGCGAGCGUGAUGGGUUUCCCGUCACAGCUAUCCGAGAAAUCAAGCUUCUCCAGUCUCUCAGACAUGUCAAUAUCGUCAAUCUUCAGGAGGUCAUGGUCGAAAAAAAUGAUUGUUUCAUGGUGUUCGAAUACCUGUCGCAUGACCUCACGGGACUACUGAAUCACCCUACAUUCAAACUGGAGACGGCUCAAAAGAAAGACCUCGCCAAACAGAUGUUCGAGGGCUUGGAUUAUCUCCAUACGCGAGGGGUACUCCAUCGCGAUAUAAAGGCUGCAAAUAUCCUCGUCAGUAACGAAGGAGUCCUCAAGAUUGCUGAUUUUGGCCUCGCCCGAUUCUACGCCAAGCGUCACCAGCUGGACUACACCAAUCGAGUCAUCACCAUCUGGUAUCGCUCGCCAGAGCUAUUACUUGGCGAGACUAAGUACACUGCUGCUGUUGAUGUAUGGAGUGCAGCAUGCGUCAUGGUUGAGAUUUUUGAUCGAAAUGCCAUCUUCCCAGGGGACGGGACCGAGCUUAGCCAACUGGAAAAGAUCUACAACGUGAUGGGCACGCCGAACUUGAAAGACUGGCCCAAUCUCAUUGAUAUGGCUUGGUUUGAACUUUUGCGCCCAACUGUGAAGAGAAGGAAUGUCUUUGCAGAGAAGUACCGUGAUAAAAUGUCACCAGCCGCCUUCGACCUGCUCUCCGCCAUGUUCCAUUACGACCCUGCAAAACGGCCCAGCGCUGCACAGGUACUCCAACACGCAUACUUUACGGAAGAAGCACCAGUAGCCCGCCAGGCUACAGAACUCGCAACACAUAAUGACUGGCAUGAAUUCGAGUCUAAAGCCCUGAGAAAAGAGAACGAUCGACGCGAGAGAGAAGCCAGAAAGCUGGCUAAAGAGACUGCCGGGCGGGACAAAGAGAAAGACAAGAAGCGCUUUAACGAAGGGACCGACCAGCGCGAAACAAAGCGGUUGCAGGUUGAUAAGAAUGGUGGAAACAAGCCCACGUCGGCAGUCGCACCACCGAAUUCGACCGCUGAGCCGUAA